ACAGACCAGUGAAAGUAGAUUCUGGCUCAUUAAUAUUUCAGUACAGUGUAAUGAAAUCCAGGUGACCCAGUGGCUGUGGUACACAAACGCAUGGGAUGGCUGCUGUGAACAUGAACACACCUUUGUGGGAGGCUGAACCAGUGAGAGUGGGAGUUGUACUUUCUGCUAUCCCAGCCUGCAUAGCUAUUGGUGAAGGACGUGGUGUUGACUACAGAUCAGGGAAGGAUGAGGAAGCAAAGUCUUACCCCUUUGACCAAGUUGUGACUCUUAACGACAUACAGAGUUUGCACGCUGAGCUCCUGCAGCCUCUCACUGAGCUCAUACCCAGUGGUUAUAAUGAAGCACUGCUGAUAUGUGGAGCCUCCACAGAGGAGAUAAACACUCUCAUUGACCAAAGGAUCAUCAAACAGGUGUUGUCAGAUCUGUUUAGUCGUAUGUUGUCGCAAGUGAAAGAGGAGCUGUUUAUCUCUGUGUCGUUCCUUCAGUUUUAUCCAGACAGCAGUGCUGUGGACCUCCUGAGCCCCAAAAGACAGACUCUAAAACUUGUGACACACCCUGUCCUUGGAAAUCUUGUAGGAGGUUUAACUGAGGUGUGUGUGUUCUCGGCAGAAGAAGCCUUUACUCUGUAUGAAACGUGCAGGGAGACAUUGAAGGACAAUACAGGCUCCAUUUCCAGCAGGUGUAGUUCCCUGUUCCUGGUGACAGUUGAGUGGAAACUUCAUCCAGAGGAAGUGGAGUCGGAGGUCUGCCGCAGCAAACUGCAGCUGUUCAGACUGGCAGGAGGAGCCAGCAGGACGGACCUCAGAGGAGUCAGCCCACUGGUGAAGGCUGUGGACCAAACCCAAUGUGAAGCCACAACAGGAGAUAAGAUCCUCCCUCUGCUGCUACAUGAUGCCUUAACAGGAAACAGCAGGACGGUCCUCAUCUACUCUAUCAACCCUCAAGGUCUUCUAGAUGAUGAGACUCCCUCCGCUUUAGCUUUGGCCCAGAAAGCGAGAAGUUUAGUAACCAAGGCCACUGUUGGUCGCUGGAGUCCGAAGGCAACCGAGCAAAAGAUCAGAGAUGACAUCGUGGCUCUAAGGGCCGUGAUGAUGUCACAGGGGGAAGGUGAAGGUCACAACACCUUCAGGCUGGCAGAGCUGACCCAACACCUGCAGAUUGUGAAAGAUCAGUCAUGGAAGAAGAGAAGGGAAGAGUCAAAGAAGAUAAAAGGCAAAACGCAGAGUUGUCGGACCCCGAAUAGCAAUUUGCACAGCGGUGAUCAAAGAGAGGGUACAGACACGCUGAAGUAUUUACAAGACCAGCUGAAGCAAGAAAUGGAAGAGCAUGUCAGAGAGGGUAAAGGGAAUGUGGAGAAAGUGCAGGAGAGAGUGGCAAGAAUCCAGCAGCUGAGGGAAACUCUCAGAGAGGAGACACUGAAGAGCGGGGCUGCUACAGACAAAUCUGACCUCUGUCAACAAUCUCAGUUGGAAUACAGCACAGCACAGGAGCGGAGGAGGCAACUUAAGGAGGACCAUGGGAGAUUAAUUCAGGAGGAGGUGGAGAAGAUGGAGAGAGACUUGGCACAGGAACAGCUACUGACAGAGGGCCCCCAGAGAGAGCUGCUGGUGCUGACCAGAGAGAGGCGGGUCCUGGUGCUGCAGAUCGAGGCCCUGCGCGCUGAGGCCCAGCAGGCUGAGAGAGACCUGCAGAAUCAAUAUCAUCAACACCAAACAGAGCUGCACUGUCUCAGAGAAGAGAGUCUGCAGGUGUUCAGAGUGUUUCGUCAGGUAAGUGAGGAGCAGAGGAGGAUGUCAGAGGGCAGAUACAGAGGUGUGCUGCUGGAGGCUGUGCAGGAUGCCGUCUACCUGUCUGCCCAGAACCAGGACCUGCAGGCUGACAACAAACAACUCCGCAAAGCAUUGGGUGAAUUAAAGGACACUCUAGCUGCGCGAGGCGAUCCUACAGCUGAACUGAUAUCCCAACAACAGUGA